UCCCUCCCCGCUACGGGUGAGGGCUUCGCAGAGGUCUGUGGCGGCUCGGCCCCGGCGGGGAGGGCUGAGGGGGCCGCCCCGCGCCGGAGGGGUAGGGUAGUAGGCCGUCCUCUUCUCUCUAUGCCCGGGGUGGGAGGGAGGAGCUGCCGGCUCCGCUGGCUGGUGGCUGUCCCGCUCCCCGCCGGGAGAGGCGAAGCCCCAGCAGCAUUGCUCUCCUGGCAGCCUGGGCGCUGGUGAGCGGCUGCUGGAAGCGCCCGCUGGGGCUGAGGGAGCUUCCCCUCCCGCCCUGCCCUCCAUGCGGUGCGGGCAGCGGUCUCUCCGCUUGCCCCUGCGUUUGUCGUCUUUGUGGGCGAGUUGGCGGCUGCCGGGAGCUCGCCAUGGGGCGGCCGCUUCAGGGCUGCUGAGGCGGCGUUGGGGAAGCAGCCGAACGGCCCCAUGGAGGAGCGGGAAGGCGAGGUGCGCUGGGACGGGCUGUGUAGCCGCGACGCUGCCACCCGCGCCGCCGCCUUGGACACCAUCGGACAAGCCGUUCUCCGCCGCAUCGAGACCAUCGCUCCCGUGGCGGCGACGCCGCCUACCCGGGCCGCCGACGGGCUCCUGGUUCCCGCUGCCCGUGACGGGCUGAGCGAGGUGCUGGCCCGCCUGUUGAUGCUCUCCAAGCGCUGCCCCUUCCCCGAUGUGAGAGAGAAGAGCGAGGCGAUCCUCAGCAGCGUGCAGGAACUUGGAAUAAGAAUUCCUAGACCACUGGGACACGGACCAAGCAGAUUCAUCCCCGAGCAGGAGACCAUUCAGGUGGGAAACGAAGACGCUGCAAUGCACACGCUGUUUGCAGAAUCUUUCGCCACGCUGGGCCGACUGGACAACGUUACCUUGGUGAUGGUUUUCCACCCGCAGUACCUGGAGAGCUUCCUGAAAACUCAGCACUACCUGCUGCAGAUGGACGGCCCGCUCCCGCUUCAUUACCGGCACUACAUCGGCAUCAUGGCUGCAGCACGACACCAGUGCUCAUACCUUGUUAACCUCCACGUGAAUGAUUUCCUUCAUGUCGGUGGAGACCCUAAAUGGCUGAAUGGUCUGGAAAAUGCACCUCAGAAACUGCAAAAUUUAGGAGAACUGAACAAAAUGUUGGCUCACCGACCCUGGCUUAUCACCAAGGAACAUAUCGAGCAACUUCUUAAGACAGAAGAGAACAGCUGGUCCCUGGCAGAGCUGAUCCACGCGGUCGUUCUCCUCACACACUACCACUCCCUUGCCUCCUUCACCUUUGGCUGUGGGAUCAGCCCAGAGAUUGACUGUGAGGGGGGUCACACCUUCAGGCCCCCUUCUGUCAGCAACUACUGCAUAUGUGAGAUUACAAAUGGUUACCAUGGGGUGGAUGAAAUCCUUGCCAGCCCAGCUGGGAGUGUGCCCUCUACAGAGUCUGUCUGUGAAGUUGAAGCUCUUAUGGAGAAAAUGAAGCAGCUACAGGAGUGCAGAGAUGAAGAGGAAGCCAGCCAAGAAGAGAUGGCUACACGCUUUGAAAGGGAGAAGAGAGAAAGCAUGUUCGUGUGUUCUUCAGAAGAUGAAGAAUCGGCAGCAACAAGAGACGUGUCUCGUCACUUUGAGGACACCAGCUAUGGUUACAAAGACUUCUCCAGGCACGGGAUGCACGUGCCCACCUUUCGUGUGCAGGAUUACUCCUGGGAAGACCACGGCUAUUCCCUGGUUAAUCGCCUUUACCCAGAUGUGGGACAGCUACUCGAUGAGAAGUUUCACAUCGCUUAUAAUCUGACUUACAACACGAUGGCCAUGCACAAAGAUGUGGACACCUCCAUGCUGAGACGAGCUAUUUGGAACUAUAUUCAUUGUAUGUUUGGAAUAAGAUACGAUGAUUACGACUACGGUGAAAUUAAUCAGUUGUUGGACCGCAGCUUUAAAGUUUAUAUCAAGACUGUGGUUUGCACUCCUGAAAAGACCACAAAAAGAAUGUACGAUGGCUUCUGGAGGCAGUUUGAACACUCUGAGAAGGUCCACGUGAAUUUGCUUCUGGUAGAAGCUCGGAUGCAAGCCGAACUACUUUACGCUCUGAGAGCUAUUACUCGCUACAUGACCUGAUGGCUCCGGCUGCCUGUCGACGUAGGAAUGUUGUGCAGCUGCAGCGUGGCAGAGGAAGAGACGAAGCCUCAGGACCAACGGUAGCUCUACGUUAAGACGCCCAUUGUGCCAUAACUCCUUUAGUUUCAGCUAUCUCCAUGUUUGGAAUCCCACUGCUGCCACUCGGCAGCGAAUGCUUGGCAGUUGACAAGACAGGCUGGUGCAGGAGCGCUGCCCGCUCACGCUAUUUUGGCUUCAGGCAGCACGGGACCCUCGAUGAACUUGUGGCAACAGAGCAAGUGACAGAUGCGUAGAUCUUGUGUCGGGGCAAAGGCCGCGGGAGGCGGAGCGGGACAAGAAGGGGGACGCGAUGGCGUUUGCUUUCCCUACGAGAAUAAUCUUAGAAAAUCUUGAUGCUGCUAUUUGUGCUGGUGGAGCAAACAGAGACGGGCUGCUCCAGUUAAGCUAAAAGUGAAAGUGAGCACUGCUAUUGUCUGAGCCUUUACUGUGUGUGGUUUCACAAAAAGAAAACAAAGCCUUGUUAUUUAGAUUUCUUUUUUCAUCAGAGCUGAACCUCUUCUGUCCACACGGAUCAUUGGAAAGAUAGCAGUCAAUUCUCUCAACUCAUUCAGCCUUAAAACGCAGCAGGACGCUUGUUCAGGGUUCUUUGGUGAGCUCCGCGCUGUUCCUCUGGAAAGGAAGGAGGGGGCUCCUCUCCCCACGGCUUUGCGGGGAUCCAGUGAUACGGAGGGUCGAGCAGCUUCUUGUCCUGUUUUUCAAGGAUGAACCAAGGAGGAGCCAGGCCAAGGUGUGGGAGCGUUGUUCCAGACUGCCAAACAGUCCUACUGUGUUACAUGCCCAACGCUGGCUGGUCUUACUGAUUUUUGCAGUUGCUUAAAUAACUAGGCUAAAAACCAACUAUUUUUAGUAAAUCAAACCAUGAUUAAAAUGCUGACAUUUAAUAGAGGGUGGGUUUGGAGAACACAUGAAUACUUUUGUAUGAGUGUGACUUGCUUUUAAAUUUGUCAGUAUUAUUGGUAUUUUUUAAAUAAAGGUAACAACUUUU